AUGAAGUCCUACUCCGCCGCCGUUGCUCUUGCUAGCUUCGUCUCCUCGGUUGCCGCCCAUGGCUACAUCAGCUCCCCUAAACCUCGUAUGCCCGGUAAUGGUCUCAAGGAAGCCUGCGGUGAACAGGUCUACAAUAACCAGUUCUCCGACCACUUCGGCAAUGUCCAAGCUGCUCUCCAGAACAUGCAGGGCAGCCAGCCAAACUGCAGGAUGUGGCAGUGCAAGGGUAUUCCCUUCUCUGACUCUGCCGAGGUGUUCUCCUACACAGCCGGCCAAGUCAUCCCCAUGAAGGUUGAAAUCCGUGCGCCUCACGACGGUCACGCCAACGUCUCGAUUGUCAAGACCAGCUCCGACACGGUCAUCGGCUCUCCCUUGAUCAGCUGGGACGAGUAUGGGCUCACCUCGGUCCCACUCUCCUCCCGUCCCGAAUGGCUCUCCUUUGACAUCACUAUGCCUGAUGUCAGCAGCGAAUGCACCACCCCCGGUGAAUGUGUCAUUCAGUGGUUCUGGGACGCCCCUACGAUCAAUCAGACAUACGAGGCCUGCAUCGAUUUCACAAUGGGCGGUGGCUCCGGCUCCGGUACUUCUCCCGCUCCCGCCAGCUCUGCCCCUCCGGCCUCUUCCACACCCGCUGCUACGCCCAGUCCUGCCCCAGCCAAGCCUGCCACUGCCGCUGCCCCGUCUACUGAGUCUGGAGGAUCUGGCUCUACCGUUCCUAAGAGCUUCACCGUGGACAGCUUCGUCAGCUGGCUCAAGUCUAGCUCCAAUGUCCCCGAGACCUUCACAAUGGACACCUUGAUCAGCUGGCUCAAGACCAACGCUGGCUCUGAUGUUGCCAACAAGGUCCGCCGCAUGGUAGCUCUUACGCGCCCUCACCCCCGUGCUUUCCAGGUCUAA